UGACUGUAGCUGACUGCACUUGACAAAAUGAGGCCCGUGACAAAACUACAGAAGAUAGCAGUUCUGCUCCUCUUUGUGAUUUUUGCCGUCACUUUCCUGUUGCACUAUGGAGGCCCUUUCAACUGGAACAUCGCCUUCUUCUUGCUUGGGUGUCCGAUGCCUGGUUUGACAACUAAGCACACUAACGUUGUCUUCCUCAAGACCCACAAAACGGCUAGCUCCACCAUGCAGAGCCUUCUGUUUAGAUUUGUGGAGCGCCACAACCUGACAAUGGCAUUUCCGAAGCGGAGUUGUGGUCUACAGUUUUGCUACUCAAGUUUCUUCUCCCCUGACUUUGUCCAUCCAGAUACACUGCCGGCCAACAUGAUCACCAGUCACAUGCGCUUCAGGAAGACUGCUCUGCAAAAAGUCAUGCCGGAGGAUUCAAAAUACAUCACAAUCCUUAGAGAACCAGCUUCCAUGUUUGAGUCCCUGUUCUCGUAUUACAGUUCCUAUGUUCAGAGUUUUAAGGAAGUCCCAGAUGGCUCCCUGAAGACCUUCUUGGACGAUCCCUUACGAUACUAUGGGCCAAACAAAGGAUACUCUAGCUAUGCACACAACACUUUGACUUUUGACUUGGGUGGAGAAAACGAUCGACCAGCUGCAGAUGUAGCUUAUGCCCAUGACUUUGUUAAAGAGGUUGAAAAAGUGUUCUCCUUAGUGAUGAUCUCUGAGUACUUUGAUGAGUCUCUAGUUCUUCUCCGACAUCUUCUUUCUUGGGAUUUGGAAGACAUUGUGUAUCUCAAGAUAAAUGCUCGGACAGAAAGUUCCAAGAAGAAACUCUCUCCAGAUCUCGUUGCAAAGAUCCGUUCCUGGAACUCCAUAGAUGCAUACCUUUAUGACUACUUUAAUGCCACACUGUGGGUCAAAUUGUCAGAUCUAGGUUUAGACUGUGUGGCCGAGGAAGUCAAGCUUCUCCAUCAGGCCCAAGAGAGGCUAAUGACAACCUGUUUCGGGAGGGAGAGUCCAAUGGAACGUCCAGGUUCCCAGAUUAAGGACUCGGAUCUCCGUCCAUGGCAGCCCAGUAAUAAAGUCGGCAUUGUAGGUUACGUCCUCCCGGAAAAUAUUGACCAAGAGACACGGGCGCUCUGCUUAAGAUUUAUCAUGCCCGAGGUCUCGUACACACCAAAGCUUCUUCGUUCCCAGUUACAGCGACGGCGGCAAAGUCUUCAGAACCAGACCACCGUGAAGCCUCUCUCUAGUGGCACACUGUCAGUCUAGGAGUUGGUCCAGUGCAGCUAGCUUGUUAUUGGGGAGAAUAAAGAACUGUAAAUAUGCACAAUUUCAUAGAUAGAUGUAUACUGUACUGGUCACCCCAUGGGAAAAUAAGCUUGUUAUAAAGGUGAUUGAAGAGAAAUGGUUAAGCUACAUUUCUCAUACCUGCAUUGAACUAAAACCUCCUCGAACAACAAUAUUUUACUUCCUAAAAGGAAGUCUUUUUGUCUUACCAAGAAU